AUGCGCAAAGCAGCCGACAGCGUCCUCUCUCGUCGACCUCCGCUGCACGACCCCAGCCCCAUCCCCGCUACCGCCGGGCCGAGCUGGCGGAAUUCCCUCCCGCAGGGAGGCGCAAGGCGAUCCGGCGACGAGCCAGCCCGCUGGCGAUGGCUUUCCGCCACCGUAGAGAGGAACAGCGGCCCAGAUUCUGCCUCCAGGGCUGCUGCGAAACUGCGGUGUGAUCGCGUACCGCAUUCCCGAAGUAUUAGGUACACAGUGGUCACACUGCUGCUGCUGUCGGCUGUGAGCGGAAACGGUCUGGAAAAGGAGUGGGCCACACCCUUCUUCUCACCAGUGCCCAGUGGCCACAGCCCACAGCACCAGUACGUCAACCCUGUGGGCCUCAGGAGUUCCUCCACCUCCAGGACACUGACCUGUGACCAGGGCUGGUUUAUGAGUCUCCUCACCAAGGUCCGUCCAGCCCGGCCAGCUGGACAGUCCGGCCCCAGCACUGUGGAUGGCUCCAAGUUUCACUUCCUAGGCAGAGGCUUGCUCUCCGGGUGUCCCAGAUUGCAGCAUGCUCGGUCCCUCUGGACAUGGGAGGCCCGGCAGUCUCCAGGUGUGUUUUUCUUUUUCAGCGUCAUUCUUCCACUCCCUCAGAAUGUAAAGGAUUAUUUACUAGACGAUGGAACGCUGGUGGUUUCAGGAAGACAAGAUCCACCAACAUGCUCUCGGCCAGACAGUGAUGAUGGAGCAGAAGAAAUACAGUGGUCUGAUGACGAGAACACAGCCACGCUUACGGCACCAGAAUUUCCAGAGUUCACCACUAAAGUCCAGGAAGCUAUCAAUUCCCUGGGGGGCAGUGUCUUCCCUAAGCUUAACUGGAGUGCACCAAGGGAUGCCUACUGGAUAGCAAUGAAUAGUUCUCUGAAGUGCAAGACCCUCAGUGACGUCUUCCUGCUUUUCAAGAGUUCUGACUUCAUCACUCGUGACUUCACUCAGCCAUUUAUCCACUGUACUGAUGAUUCUCCAGAUCCUUGUAUAGAGUAUGAGCUUGUUCUCAGAAAAUGGUGUGAAUUAAUUCCUGGGGCUGAGUUCCGGUGUUUUGUCAAAGAAAACAAGCUCAUUGGCAUUUCUCAGAGGGACUACACACAGUACUACGAUCAUAUUUCUAAACAAAAGGAAGAAAUUUGCAGAUGCAUACAAGACUUUUUCAAGAAGCACAUCCAGUAUAAAUUCUUAGAUGAAGACUUUGUAUUUGAUACAUACAGAGACAGUAGGGGAAAGGUGUGGCUGAUUGACUUUAAUCCAUUUGGUGAAGUCACAGAUUCACUACUGUUUACUUGGGAAGAACUGAUAUCCGAGAAAAACUUAAAAGGUGAUUUUAAUGAAGGAGACGCUCAGGAGCAGGACUCCCCAGCAUUCCGCUGCACAAACAGUGAAGUUACGGUCCAGCCCAGCCCCUACCUGAGCUACCGGCUGCCCAAGGACUUCGUGGACCUGUCCACCGGGGAGGAUGCCCACAAGCUCAUUGAUUUUCUCAAGCUGAAAAGAAAUCAGCAAGAGGAUGACUGAACAGAGCACUAGAGUUCAAGAGCAAUAAAAGAGGCGACCGUGGCUACUUCGGAGGCCGCUCCUGGCCACAGCUUCAGUGGCCAUAGCUGGGGGCGUGAGGGCAGUGUGGAAAUCUGUAGCUUUUUAUAAUCACGCAUAGGCACCUGGAGAAAGUGGAGGGACUUUGCUACUUGUACAAAUUGCAUAAUAAAUAGAUCUUGAACAUAGGACACCCUACUGUUCUGAUAAUAAAAUA